CACGCCUCGUGCUGAGCUACUAGGUUGCGCAGAACCUGCAGUUUCAGUUUGUUUUAUUCACCAUUUUGUGUAGCUGUUGGUAAAAUUAAACUAAAUUCCUGUCUUUAAAUACGUUUUUUAUUAUUUGUUUUCAUUUUACGUGUGGGUUUUGGUAAUACCUGGCAACGCGUGUCUGCUUCCCAAUAGUAAUACAAUUGAAAACUCUAUUGUUUUCAAAUUGCCCUUGUGAUUUUUAUUUUAUAGUACUACAGUCUCCAGCCUGAGCAUUUCUGAAAAAUGUCAAGACCGGUGAGGAACAGGAAAGUCGUGAAUUACUCUCAGUUCCAAGAAUCAGAUGAUGGAGAUGAAGGCUAUGGCAGAGAGUCUGAGAGGCCCAAGAAGAUGCGUGCUCCACCCAGAGAAGUAAAACACAAGAAGAGGGGGGGGAAGAACUCUCAGGAAGACAGUGACAACUCAGAUGACCAAGACUCCAAAUCCAAAAACGAUUCAGCAGAUGAUUUUGGGAGUGAAGAGGAUAAUGAUUUUGCAGAGGAAGAUGGCAAUGGAGGGGGCAGCGACUAUGAUCAUAAAAAGACUAAAAGGGGCAAGAGAGGGAAAAAUGAGAAGACAAGUAAACGGGCACCAAAGAGAAAGCGGGCUGCAGAUGACAGUGAUGAAGACUUGGAGGUAAGCAAGAAAGUGCGGCAAGUACGACAAGCUGCUUCCAAAGCAGUGUCCAAACAGAGGGAGAUGCUGUUGGGUGAUGCUGGCAGUGAGGAUGAAGACCAUGAUGAUGAUGAACAGGCCUGCGUCGACCAGGAAUCUGGAAGUGAUGAAGACUUCAUGGUGGACGAUGAUGAUGACAGUGACUAUGGCGGGUCAAAAAAAAGAAAUAAAAAGGUCAUCAGGAAAACCAGGCCAGACAGGAAGAAAUCCCCCAAACCAAGACUGAAGGCCACAGUCUCCCCCAGUCCUAUAAAAACUAAAGGCAAGGGGCGUCCAAGUGGUCUGAAGGUUACUGAAAAGUCAUCUCCUAAAGAGGAAGUUAACCCAGAGAGCCCCAGUGGAGAAGAUGAAGAUGAUGAGCUUGAGAAGAAGACUCCCUCCAAGAAGACAGAGGAGGUACCAGAGGAUGAAGAUGAUGUAUCAGAAGAAGAAGCUCCAUCUGGGGAAGACUAGUUAGAUGUAUGUGGCAGUCUGUUUGGCCGUUCACUUUUUGAUUCUUUUUACCUUUAGAACUUUAGAGUAUCCUGUUGGCCUGGCUCAAUGGUUUGGACCAGUUUAUUCCUGAGUACUUUUUGGUGCACACAAGAAUAUGCGUGUGUGUUGUCUUAGUUAUUAGUCACACGCCACGUUUAUCAUUAAGCUACCCUUCACUAAAGCUUACUGAACAAUUAAUGGGUCCAUAUUUCCUUAACUAAUGUUAAAGUUUAAUUGCAGUUUAUUUAGAAUGGUAUGUGUGUGUGUGGGAGGGCAGGGGUUAUGGGGAAUCAGGUGCUCAUUAGCUUGUGUUGAAUAUAUUACAAGGCUUUGCUGUGUCUAAAUCUAGUCUAAUAACGAAUAUGAACAGAGGCUAAUUUGUUAUCCUUCUAAUUACCCUUCUAACAUUAAGGGUAUCAGAACAUGUGGGCUUCUAUGAAUGUAAUCUUGUGUAGAAUAAUGAUAAGAUAGGAUGUCUUUGUUUCCCACAGGUUCUCAGAAAUUGUAUAAUGUUUACUUCAUCUUUCAAAGCUAGUCAUCCUAAAGUCAACUGAAUAUAAAUGUUAGAUAUGUUACAUGUGUGCAUGGGAGUAUGUAGUUGGCCUGCUUGCAAUUGUAUCAGUUUGGGAAUCGUUCUAGCCUCGAUCCUACAAGAACUCCUAUCUUUGCUAGCAAAUGAUGCAGCCUUUCUAAGAAUCGUAACACAAUUUAUGUGAAAGUAUUAUGGAGCUAUGAUUCUUAGAUUGUGAACAUAAAAAAAAUGGUAUCACGCACUAGGACAAGUUCUGUAGCGUUAUUGCUAAAUGGUUAAUCAUAAGUAAAUUUACCUGCCUUUUCAUACUUAAGCUGAACUGAGCAUUCUACAAUCCAUUCAAUCUGUUGACCUGGUUCUCAACUUGGGUGAAUGUUCUUUGGAUCUCUGGGGCAAAGAGCACUGCUAAGCUCAGGUACACCUGCUCAUGGCUUGCGUGGGAGAUGUACCUCGUGGUUCAUUCCUUUGUACCAGGCAGUUUAUCAUUUUGUGUUUUCUCUUUCUUGAUUUUUUUUCAGUAAUAUUAGUUUAUUUUUAAAAAUAAAAUCUAUCAUGAUUUAAAAUCGA